AUGUCCUUCUGUUCAUAUCUAUCUAUCUAUCUAUCUAUCUAUCUAUCUAUCUAUCUAUCUAUCUAUCUAUCUAUCUAUCUAUCUACCCCAGUCUGUUCAUAUCUAUCUAUCUAUCUAUCUAUCUAUCUAUCUAUCUAUCUAUCUAUCUAUGUUCAUAUCUAUCUGCCUCAUUCUCUUUAUAUCUAUCUAUCUAUCUAUCUAUCUAUCUAUCUAUCUCAGUCUGUUCCUAUCUAUCUAUCUAUCUAUCUAUCUAUCUAUCUCAUUCUGUUCAUAUCUAUCUAUCUAUCUAUCUAUCUAUCUAUCUAUCUAUCUAUCUAUGUUCAUAUCUAUCUGUCUCAUUCUCUUCAUAUCUAUCUAUCUAUCUAUCUAUCUAUCUAUCUAUCUAUCUAUAUUCUGUUCAUAUCUAUCUCAUUCUGUUCAUAUCUAUCUCAUUCUGUUCAUAUCUAUCUAUCUAUCUAUCUAUCUAUCUAUCUAUCUAUCUAUCUAUCUGUGUGUAUUGCUAUCUAUGAUGAAAUAACCACCUCUGAUUAUCUAAAGAACAACAAAGUUCACAUUAAAUUAUUUCUUUACCGUAAAAAUUGUGUCAUUCCACCUGACGAGAAAAUAUUUAAGAAGCACAAAGUAAUUUAG